AUGUACAGAAAUCAAACAAACAUAAAUGCUGCAUUUCAGACAUAUUCUCCUAAACAGGGAGAAAGAGAUGAUACGAUACCUCCAGAGUACAGGCACCUCUUGAACAAAGAAGCACCUGUUUCCGAUCAGCUUGAGGCUUUGGCAAAGGAUAUAAAAGACCCUCACGAGCUUUUGGAUCUACUGACACAACUGGAAUUCGUCUUUGCUGGCCCCGGAAAGGCUGGCCCUAACCGUUCGACACCGCCUCCGAGACAUCGUUACGGAGACUUCAUGUCUAGCUACAAACGCACAACGCAAGCUCCCUGGCGCUGGAAUCGACCUGGUUCCAACAGCGAACAACCAAACGAUCAAGUCACUUCGGUAAGAUUUGAAUUAUAUUAUAGCGUGCGGCUUUCGAAUGCUAUGAUGAAACAGGCUCCGAUGCCGUUAGGACACAAUACACGAGCUGCGCCCUAUGUGACGGAUAAGCUCGGGGUGAGGCACUAUUGA